UUCGCUGCCACAGAAUCUAACGCCUGCGUUCAGUAGGGAUCGCGUCAUCAACAUGGGACAAAGAAAGGUUUCGCGCUUAUUCUAUAGUGAUAUAGCCACCUGUUCCAGUUGGUGGACAGUAGCAGUAAUAAUGGCAAACAGAAAACGGAUACAGACUAGAGGAAGAAAAUAUGUAGAGGAGACAGAAGCGGAAGGCAGCAGUGUUGGUGUGUCAGCAGCCCCCACAGCACAGCUGGCACUAAACAAUAAAGCACAUGAGUUGCAGAUGUGCAAAAAGAAAAUGGAAUGGCAGAAUGAGAAAAUAGAGGAGUUGACCAAGGAGAGAGAUUUCCUCAAGGAACAACUAGUAUCCGCUCUUAAAAAAGAUGAGCCCAAAGAAACUGCCGGUUCCAGUAGUGUCUCUACACUGGACUCAUCUUCCUCCGAGAUGAGUUCAAAGAGUACCGACUCAGAGUCAUCCAACAGCUCAUCCUCAGAGGACAAAAAGAGGAAGAAGAAGGGGAAAGGGAGAAAGAAGGCAUCCAAGAUGGUUAAAAUGGAAAAAACACUGCAAAGAGACGGCGUCGCACCAGACUGGAAUUCACCGUUCCUCCGUUAUCGUUUGAUCAUGCCGGACAUUUCAGAGUAAAUGGAUACUCCUUCCCUCUCCCGGAAUCCCGAGCAGGCUUUGGCCCGGUACAAAAAGAUUCUUAAAUACUACAAGAGGCUUGGAACCAUGUCUGGGGCAUUUUGAAAGGUCGGUGUUGACCGUAAUACAGUGGUGGUCAAUGCACCAAUCGCCGAGCUUUCCAUUGCUGCCCCAGACCAGUACAAGGAAGCUUUGAAAACGUAUACCAUUCCACAAAAUUGAAAGCAUUUGCGGAACACUGUGCCUUGACAAUUCUAGGCGAUGUAGAAAUAGUUGACGCAGUCAACACUCUUAAAGCCAGUGGUAAGCUGCUACCACUGAAAAAGCAAUAAUUAUGUGCAUUUUGUAUUAUGCUUUACAUGUGUUCCUGUAAAGUAAUUUUUAAAUUUUCGGUACAAUACCACUGUUCAUAUUUUAUCUGUAUUUUUGUU